UAGCGUAUAAAACAUCGCCCGUGCAAUGUUUGAGCUGUACUUCGCUGUGUGAAUCCAGUUCAUCAGUCGACUCUGAUUGAAUGUUCCGAUCAAGUUAAAAUUAACAGUGGUAUCUGAGUAAUUUUUAUGUUGGAAGCAAAUUACAGAAAAACAAGUUGCAAGCCAGCGCCAUGAAGCUAUUUAUAACAGUCGUGUUGCUUUUCGGCGUAUCUCAGGCACAACAGUGUGAUGUAGGUUGGACACAACGACCAAAUACAAAUUUCUGCUACAUCUAUAAAUCAACACCCACAACGUUUAGUUCUGCAAUUAAUACAUGUAGCGUUUCUGACGCUGUACUAUCUAACGUUGGUGAUCAAGCUGAACAAGACUUUAUAGCAGGUCUGAUAACUUCACAAACAAGCGAUGUAUGGAUCGGUUUUGCUGAUUCUAUAAAGCAUGAGGGAAUUUGGCAUUGGUACUUCGAACCCUGUAAAACAUAUUUAAAUUGGGAUGAAGGACAACCAAGCUAUGGGAACGGUGGCACAGACUGUGCGGUUAUGAAAAGUUCCCAAGCUUCAUCUUACCGCUGGGACGAUACCGCUUGCACCAAUCGUAAUGCUUAUGUUUGCAAGAAAUUACUAGGUGGUGGCUCAGUGUUUGAUCUAAACACCAAUAUGGAGUGCUUCUUCAACUGCUUUACAAAGUUCCCUAGUGGCACAUGUUUGGGUGCAGAAUACCUGAAUGACACCUGCUUCUAUGAAACUAUAAAAUUUGACCAUACAUCAAAUGGUGUUGACACGUCAUACAUUGCAUGCACGACAGAAAUACCCCCACAACCCACCACUGAUGGACCAUCGACUACAGCCGCAGCAGCAGAUACAACAACAACUGCAGCAGUCGAUACAACAACAACUGCAGCAGCAGAUACAACAACAACUGCAGCAGCAGAUACAACAACAACUGCAGCAGCAGAUACAACAACAACUGCAGCAGCAGAUACAACAACAACUGCAGCAGCAGAUACAACAACAACUGCAGCAGCAGAUACAACAACUGCACCAGUCGAUACAACAACAACAGCAGCAGUCGAUACAACAACAACUGCAGCAGCAGAUACAACAACAACUGCCGCUACAGAUCCACCAACAACAAGGCCUCAAGGCGGAAGGAAGCAUUGCAAGAAACGACAGUGAUUGAGUCUUUGAGCCGACACUCCGGUAAUUGAAGAGCAGAUAUUCCUCGUUGAUCAAGCCAUCAAUGAAGUGUCGGUGUCAUGUUUCUUGCAAUUUUCAGCCCAGCUCUGAUUUGAUAAAAAAAACAACAAAAGAAGAACUUUAUAAAUUCGAUUUUUUCCUCAUUUUAUUUUACUUACAUAUCUUAAAUAAUUUCAUUGAUAAA